AUGGACAUUCUUGAUAAUAUUGUUGAAACUGCACAUUCUAUGGAUGAAAGAUCCAGGGCAAUAGGAUAUAUCAAAAUUGCUCAAACUUAUGAGGUUGCAUUCAUGUUGCAUUUGAUGAAAGAAGUUUUAGAAAUUACUAAUGAUCUUAGUACAUGUUUACAAAAAAAGGAGCAAGACAUUGCAAAUGUCAUGCUACUUGUUAAAGUGGCCAAAACAUGGGAUUUAUUUGUUGUUGAGGUUUCUGCAUUUUGUAUCAAGUAUAAUAUUGUGGUGUCUAAUUUUGAUGAGUCGUAUGUUAAUUCUGAAAGAUCACGGCUAUUUUGUAAAAUAAUUGAUUGGCAAUUGCAAGAACUCAAUGAUCAUUUUGAUGAGGUAACAACCGAGUUGCUUUAUGGAGUUGCUUGUUUGAAUCCGAUAGACUUAUUUUCAAGUUUUAAUAUCCAGAAAAUAAUGAGAAUGGCUGAAUUAUAUCAUGAUGACUUUGAUGAACCUAGCAUGUGUCCACUUGAGAAUCAACUAGCAAAUUACAUUAUUGAUGUCCGUGAUAUCGAUAAAAGGUUCUCUGAUUUACAUGGGCUUUGUGAUCUUUCAAAAAGAUUGGUUCAGACAAAAAAACAUUCAUGUUAUCCUCUUGUUUUUCGUUUGGCGAAAUUCGCUUUACUUCUGCCAGUUGCCACUGCAUUCAUUGAAAGAGCUUUUUCGGGAAUGAAAUUUAUCAAGAAUGAGUUGCGAAGUCGAAUGAAUGAUGACUUCUUGAGCGGUUGCAUGGUUCCUUUUAUGGAGAAGGAUGUGUUUAAGGAUGUUUCAACGAAUGAUAUUAUUUUGUCUUUUCAAGCAAUGAAACCUCGUCGAAUAGUAUUAUAA